GUUCCUUGCACUUGAAAUUAUAAACGGAAGGCUGCGCCUCUCUUUUGAUCUUGGGUCAGGGGUUACAAAACUGGAAACGGCCAAGCCAGUAGCUGAUGGGAGCUUCCACAAUGUCACUAUUAGAAGAAUUGGAAAUAUAGCAUCUUUGGAGGUUGACAGCUGCAGUCCUGAUGAGCCCAGAGACUUUUGCUUGUCACAGCAUGAAGGUCUUGGAACCCAGAGGACUCUGGAUGUUAGAAACAAUAAUCUAACACUGGGAGCUGUAAAAUCCAUUGAUGUGAUUUUGCUGAGGCCUUAUCAAGUGAAAACUCAUAACUUUGUUGGAUGUAUAAGAAAUAUGAAAUUAAACGAUGUCUUACUUGAUACUUCAAAAGCGCUGGCAUCUCACAAGAUACUUGAGACUUGUCCACGGGCAGAUGUAGCUCUUUGCAGCAGCAGUAAAUGUCUGAAUGGAGGGGUUUGCCAAGACCUCUGGUCCUAUCACUACUGCCAGUGUGCUGAGAAUUUUACUGGACCUACCUGUGACAGCACUGUCUCUGAUGAUCAUGGAUUAUUUCUCAGUAAGGGGACAUACAUUGAAUAUGUUGUCAAGGAAAGCUACAUUAGAAACCAGCUGCUCCAAGCCUUUCUGAAUGAAAACGAUGGAGCCAUUCAAGGGUUUGGCAGUUUUGAGAUAAAAAUGAGGACAAUCAAAAGAUACUGUGUUUUAAUUUUAUGUCAAAGCAAAACAGUGCAUCUAGAACUUAAGAUACAUGAUGGGAAACCUCAGUACACGUUCACACAUUUAAUGUCAGAACAGAAGUGGGAGAUUGGUUUGGACAGUAGUGUAUCAGAUGGACAAUGGCAUGUCCUUCUUCUGCGCAGGCAUGGACCAAACAUCUUUUUAUACCUGGACAAGCAGCUUGUUAGGAAUAUCACACAUGGUAUUAUAAGUCAAACUACUGUUUUAGUAGAUAUGGUCACUCUGGGGCCAGCAGCAUCUGGUGAUGCAAGAGACCAAGAUUUAGAUUUUGUAGGGUGUGUGGACUACCUCAAACUAAAUGGAUAUAUUCUACCCUUCAGUGGGCACAGUGAGAUAGUCGAGGUGAAACCCAGUCCUUUACUCUUGCAGAAUGACUGUGUGUCUGCAGACCAUUGCAUCCUCUCAUCUUGUUUCAAGGGAUCCUGUCAGACUCAGUCUUGUACAAGUGGCAGUGACUGUAUUCUAUCUUCAGAAAAUGGCUGGUGUAUCUGUACACAGAAUGACUCUUCUUCACUGUGUGGGCCAUGCUCAUCUCCAACUGAAUAUAGUGAAGAUUGUCUUCGAACCCAGAAAAAUAUCCCUUUAUGGAUUAUUGCGAUUGUGUUUCCAAUAUCUUUUAUACUACUAAUCUUAACCCUCUGCUUUGUCCUAAAGAGACAGGGAUCUUUUUGGUCCAUCAAACCCAGAAGUCAACCAUGUAUUGCGGCACCAACAAAACAGCAUGGCACAUAUAAUGGGUCAUUUUGUCCAGAUGAUGGUGAGGGUGGUGUCCAAAACAUUUCUAAUGAAAACAAAAAACCAGAUUUGAUAGUUGCAGGGGAACUGGGGAAGCGAGCAGAAAGCUUCAGCCAAAGCUGUCUAACAGGCUUUGGGGGAAGUGAACUGGAGUACUAUGAAAUUGACAGUACAUACACAGCAUCCUGCUCUAAAAUCAAGCCCCUGCAAGGUAACACAGAUAGUUAUGAUAGGGCAGGUCUGAUUGGGAGUUUAAAAAAAGAUUGUACUCAACAAACACAAAACUUUCAAGUUCUUCCAUCCAUGUGUGAGGAAACUACAAAGUGUUAUACCUAUCCUGAAUUCUCUGGUCUUGGACAGAGCAUAGCAUUUCCUACAAGAAUUCCUGGUAACAUGGAUGAUGUGUGUAAAAAACAUUCAACCCUGCUCCUUUCCAAGCUUACUCCUGAACUAACAGAUCCCCCACGUUACCUCUCAGUAGAUGAGGUUAAAAUACUAAGCAUUCCAUUAGGUCAAGCCAAAAUGGGAGAAAGCUCAUCAGAAAGCAUUAGCCACAGUUCCUUCACUUGCUCAGAACACGACUGCGAGAGAGAACUCCGCUUUAUAAGCGCACAGGACAGGAGCAAUGAGCAUGCGAGUGAAGACUGGUCAAGAGAAGAGCUCAUACUAGCUGUUCCAUCACCCUUCAGAGAUGUCCAAAUUCCCUCAGACAGGCCUGCAUUUGGAAACAUCAAGCAAUGGGAGAGCCUCCUUGACCUAGGAGUCCACUUUAAUACCUACUCAGAUGUUUUUGAGGACAUAGCGAGUGUCCCCGUCAUGCAAACAUAUGAUUGUGCAAUUCAGAGUGAUGAAGAACAUAUUAUUUGAAAAAAUAUUACAGUAGGCAGCACAAUGGCUUAGAGGUUAGCACUGUCACCUUGCACCUCUAGGUUCUUGGUUUGAUUUUCACCUCGAGUCUGUGUGCAUGGAGUUCAUGUUCUCCCUGUGCUUAGUGUGUUUCCUCCGGGUACUCCGGUUUCCUCCCACAGUCCAAAGACAUGCAGAUUAAUCUAACUGGCAUUCCCAAAUAGCCCAUAGUAUAUGAAUGAGCAUGUGAGUGUGUACAGGGUGUGUACUGUACAGGGUGUACCCCACCUCAUGGCCUGUCUCCUGGUAUAGUCUUCAGGCUUUUUGCAACCCUGUAUACACAAUAAAGGUAUAGACAAAUUUCUUUUGUUUGGAAGUUGAAGGUGUCAUAUACUGUAGUACAUUUUGUCUAUGGUUUGGGUGUACAUUUAUUUACUGUAACUGAAAAGGAUUCACAGUUAAAAAUGUUCCCAUUUAAAAGAAACAAAUGUGCUUAUUUUACAGGUUCUGUAACAGAUUAGCAUUUUAAAAACAACACUCCAGAAAUACUCCAUCUUAGUGGUAUGUCAAUGAAGAUUCUUAGUUGUCCAGGUGAAGUCUGGAUGCUAAGUCAUGUCAU